GCGCGGGCCAGGCGCUGCUAAACAGGCAGCCCAACUUCCUCUCCUUUUGCACCGCCCUCACCACCCGCCCUCCCCUGCCUGGCGCCCGAGGGAGGCUGUUUUUCCACUCACUGCUACUGCCCGAGUUCCAUCCUGCUGUUUCCUUCUCUUCUGGAGUUAAAACUUCUUAGAAAACAGCGCCAGGCCAGCCCAGGCCCUGCUGGUCUCCAGCUCCCUGCUCCAGUACAGAAGAAAGCACAAGACAGCCCGAAAGCACUUCGGGUCAGGGCCGCCCUGCAGGCCCACGCCCCGCGGAGGCUGAAGCCACUGGUUGUCGCCCGCAACUGGCCCCAGCACCGCUAAGGAGAGAGCAAGGGCCAGAAUGAUUUGGCCUCUUUUCACAGAUGAGGACACCGAGACCCAAAGAAAAGUCAUGAAGGAGCGCUCGGCCAGCCACUAGAGGGGCUAAGAUGGCAAGACCUCGCCCUGCCUUCAGAUGCCUACCAGCCUGCACGCCUUCUUAGUCCCACCAGGAACCAUCGACCCCAGGCUCCGCCUGCACCUCCCCUUGCAGUCGGUCCCCCAGCCGACUCAUCACCAUGGCAGCCCUGAUUGCAGAGAACUUCCGCUUCCUAUCGCUCUUCUUCAAGAGCAAGGACGUGAUGAUUUUCAAUGGGCUGGUGGCACUGGGCACAGUGGGCAGCCAGGAGCUGUUCUCUGUGGUGGCUUUCCACUGCCCUUGCUCACCUGCCCGGAACUACCUAUAUGGGCUGACAGCCAUCGGUGUGCCCGCCCUAGCACUCUUCCUCAUCGGUGUCAUCCUCAACAACCACACCUGGAACCUAGUUACCGAGUGCCAGUACCGGAGGACCAAGAACUGCUCGGCCGCCCCCAACUUCCUCCUCCUAAGCUCCAUCCUGGGCCGUGCGGCCGUGGCCCCCGUGACCUGGUCUGUCAUCUCCCUGCUGCGCGGUGAGGCCUACGUCUGUGCUCUCAGCGAGUUUGUGGACCCCUCCUCACUCACAGCCGGGGAAAAGGGAUUCCCACCAGACCAUGCCACGGAAAUCCUGGCCAGGUUCCCUUGUGGGGAGGGCCCUGCCAACCUGUCAGGCUUCCGGGAGGAGGUCACCCGCAGGCUGAAGUACGAGUCCCAGCUCUUCGGAUGGCUGCUUAUCGGCAUGGUGGCCAUCCUGGUGUUCCUGACCAAGUGCCUCAAGCAUUACUGCUCACCACUCAGUUACCGCCAGGAGGCCUACUGGGCGCAGUACCGCGCCAACGAGGACCAGCUCUUCCAGCGCACGGCCGAGGUGCACUCGCGGGUGCUGGCCGCCAACAACGUGCGCCGCUUCUUCGGCUUUGUGGCGCUCGACAAGGACGACGAGGAGCUGGUGGCCAGGUUCCCCGUGGAAGGCACCCAGCCUCGGCCACAGUGGAACGCCAUCACGGGCGUCUAUCUGUACCGCGAGAACCAGGGCCUCCCGCUCUACAGCCGCCUGCACAAGUGGGCCCAGGGUCUGGCGGGCAACGGCACGGCACCAGAAACCGUGGAGAUGGCCCUGGUCGCCUCCUGAGGGACCGGUUCCCGCACUCUUUGCCCGUGACGGUGCCUGGACUCAAACUGAACUCCACCGCCUGCUCACAGCAUCAGAAGGGGAUGAUUUUUUUUUUAACUUUUUGGGGAAACAGGUCAGAAGCAAGGAACACAAAGCACCCUGGGGUGUGGAGAGCUAGUGGACAACGUGGUCUGCUCCGACAGCAAGGCUCUCAGACCUGAAGAAACGCCCUGUCCUGCUGCCACCAAACACUUGGUCAACCGCUUUGGGGAAAAGGUCCUUUCCCAGAACCGAGCCUUAAUUAACUAUGACGUGGACAACUGCUUACCGGUGGGACUCCCAAGCUGGGAAGCCCCGGCCAGCAGAGCCAGGUGAGCGUGAUAUCCUUGUGCAGGAUCGUGCACUUACCGUAUGUGUGAUUGCACGCGGAUACCUGGCUCAGCAGUGCUCAGCCAGGAAGCUGCCCUCCAAUGUAAGCCUCUGGCUUUAUUUUAUAUACUUAAAAUUUUUGAUAAAGUUGUUCCUAGUAUAAACGAGUAGCUUGGUGUCUGCAU